AUGUCCAAGGUCCUCCUCCUUAGGGAACCAUCGCAAGGGGUCCCAGAUCGCUACCAAACCACUCUAACUUCAUCCGGGUACCGCACGAUCUGUGUUCCCGUUCUCGAAACCGUCCACACCAACCUCAACGCUCUCAAGGACAUCAUCAGGGAACCAAAGGCGUUCCGCGGUGUCAUAAUCACCAGUAGACGGGUCUGCGAUGCGUGGAAACUCGCUUUGGCUGAUUUGGCUGAAUCUCCGCAUGAAGAUAGAGAGGGGGUAGCACGCUGGUCGACGGUGCCGUUCUAUGUCGUGGGACAGGCCACGGCUUCGGCGCUGAAGGAAUUGGAGAGUUUGUAUGCCGGUAUUGGGUUCUGUCGGUUAGACAUUCGAGGGGAAUCUUCUGGCACGGCUGAGCAGCUUGGUCACUUUAUUUUGAACGACCGGACGUCGCGGUCUGGACAAUUGCUAUAUCUCACUGGAGACAAGAACCGUGAUACCCUACCAAACAUUCUACCAGGCGGUGGAAUUGAACUUCACCCUCUUCGUGUAUAUGAAACUCAGGGCUCAUCUACCUUUGAGCAGGAAUUGCUCGUUGCUUUGGAAUCAUUUCCGAAAGAUUAUUCUGCAUGGUGGAUCGUUUACUUUGCGCCAUCCGCAGCCGAGUUUGUGACGCCCAUCCUUCGACGCCACUUCGACUUCUCAUUGUCCGAGAAAACCGGCAGGAAAAUGAAAAUAGCUUCGAUCGGACCUACUACCGCUACUUUUCUGCGUGAAGUGUUAGAGUUGCAAGUGGACGCGGUAGCUAGUAAACCCACCCCAGAAGAACUUGUCUCUUCUAUCGUUGCCUUUGAUCGGUCUCAUGAACUCUAG